AUGGCUACUCAGCGUAAUCGCCAAGUAACGUUAGAAAGGCAGUUGGUCAAACAAGUGAGCAAAUCGAUGCCGACUGUGCAGACGAAAGUUACAAACCAGCAUCCGUCGGACGCGGACUCACAUCAAAAUCACGCACGAUUGCCACGCCGUUCGAGUUCGAAUUCUCAUAGAGUGAACAGCAAGACGUCAUCGAGGUUGCCACCUCAACCGGGCGGGAAUGUGUGGCACGAUUGCGUGGGAGAGGCCGACGAACACGACUCGAUGAGGCGUUUGUUGUUGCUGCAUUUGGAACUCAUUCAGCAACUUCAGGAGCAAAUAAAAGCUAAGGAUGCAGAGCUGACACGAAUUGUGAACCAGCGGGAUCAGAUGGCUGUAAAAGUUGAACGAAUGGAGCGGAGAAUAGUUUUGCUGCAAAAGAAAUCAACCACAUGCAAUAAACCUAACGUAAAAGCUUGCAGCAAACUGCUGAAACAAAACUGCGCAGACUCUGACGAUUGUGACAUUCUUGAGAAGACGAGUCCAUUUGGUGAGGUGACCCUACAGGACAAACAAUAUGAACCUGUAGAGAAGAAAGAAAUCUUUCAAACCUUAAAUGUUGUAUCGGAGUGUGGACUGCUGUCAGGCAGUGUGAAUAGAACAUCUAAAGCUGCAAUACCCGUAGAGAUGGCUGACCAAACGGAAUCGAUUAUGUUGGAAUUUCCUGAGGCGGAUGAUCCUUUUGUGGGGCCAUCUCUGGCAAUACCUAGCUACACAAAUAUGUCAGUUGAUUCAUCUAAUCCAUCCACUCCUGCAUCUGCGGUCUCACCAAGUGGGCCGUCGUCACCUCUGACAUCACUUGAACAUCACAAUGGACAUGAUGAUGAGGUUCCUGUUGCACAAGCUGUAAGAGAAAUGAACUGCAUACGAACGAAAUUUCUGACCAUCUUACAUGAAGGAACAUUCAGGGGUCAGAGUAUGGAUGACAUGGAUUUAUCGAAGGCAUCACAAGGCCCAAUGAUAAAGGUUCCAAAGUGGAGAAAUGUCAACAGCUGCAGAGUGAAAAUGAAACAUGCACGAAGUGCAUACACGGAGGACAUAUCAGAUAGUGCGUAUCUAAAGCGACACAACAAAAGCGAAGCAGAGGAGAAGAGAAUCAAGAAGUGGGACAUACGGAGAAUUCGAGAGCAGAGACAGCAGGAGGCUCUAAAACGGCGAUACAGUAAUGGAAACGUGCCAAAAGUCAAGUGUGUACAGGUCAAGGUAGACGACGAUGCAACAGUGACGACGUUUCUUCCAAACCCUAAUAACCUUCAAACAUUGGAAGUACAAGAUGAAAUUGUUGUAAGCGCAUUUGGACAACCACUGCCAUUGUUACCAGAUCGAGAGUUUGGUUUGCCUUGGUUCCAUGUCGGAAGUCGUAAUGCAGUCACACAGAACACACGCACAAGAAAGAAACUGAAAGGACGAUUGUACCAUAGAGUUACAUAAGAGCCGAGAGAUCGGGCAUACUUCUAAUUAGCAAUAUUAAAACAAAAUACUUGAAUUCAAAUUGAAACCGUACAACACAAUACACUCAUAGAGAAGGAAAUAUGGAAACUCGCACGCAUAGCAACACAUCAUGUCAAUAAUUUCUUCAUUUAAUGCUACACAUGCCAUGGCAGGGCGACACAACAAUAGGCAUUCGAGUGUGGUACAUAUAUAUGUAUGAGGUGUAUAGAUGAGACGACCGAGAUUUCUAUGUCACAAAACAGCAAAUCUAAUCAAAUAACAUGCAUUUAGAAGCAGUGUACCACUGCAGUCAACAUGUAAGUCGGUAGCAUAGCACU